AGCUGUAGUAAGGUUGGCUAAACUGUAGCUGCUAACCACUAGAAGUAAAUGUCUAUACCCAGGUAUAGCCUGUCAAUACUCAGGUAUAGACUGUCAAUACUCGGGUAUAGACGAUCAAAACAUACACAGGCUCACAUUCAGCUGUACCAGGGGACAGUAUGGACAAGCCAAACAUAGUUACAUGCACCGCUCCGGUAAAUAUAGCUGUGAUCAAGUACUGGGGGAAGAGAAAUGAAGACUUAAUUCUACCCAUCAACUCCUCAUUGAGCGUCACAUUGCAUCAAGACCAGCUGAAAACAACCACAACAGUUGCAACCAGCAGAUCAUUUCAGGAAGAUCGAAUAUGGCUCAAUGGCAAAGAGGAGGACAUAACCCAUCCAAGACUACAAUCCUGUCUGAGAGAGAUACGACGACUAGCAAGGAAGAGACGUAAUGACGGGGACCCCGCUUUGGAUUCGACUUGUUUGUCUCACAAAGUUCACAUCUGCUCCGUAAACAACUUCCCCACUGCUGCCGGGCUCGCCUCUUCAGCAGCUGGAUUUGCUUGUCUCGUUUACACUCUGGCCCGGGUUUUUGGCGUAGAGGGGGAGCUGUCUGGGAUUGCACGGCAGGGAUCGGGCAGCGCGUGCCGAAGUAUGUAUGGAGGGUUUGUCCAAUGGAUCAUGGGACAGAAAGACGAUGGAAAGGACAGUCUAGCCCAGCAGGUGGAGCCAGAGACUCAUUGGCCUGAGCUCAGAAUCCUCGUACUUGUGGCCAGUGCUGAGAGGAAGCCAGUGGGCAGCACCUCUGGGAUGCAAACCAGUGUACAAACAAGCUGCCUCUUAAAGCACCGGGCCGAGUCUGUCGUCCCAGGCCGGAUGACACAGAUGAUUGAAGCAGUGCGAAGAAAGGACUUUGCUGCAUUUGCUGAACUGACCAUGAAGGACAGUAACCAGUUCCAUGCAACCUGCCUUGACACAUACCCUCCUAUCUUCUACCUCAAUAGUGUGUCUCAACAGGUUAUCAAUUUGGUGCAUCGGUAUAACAGACACUACGGGGAGACUAGGUUGGCCUACACAUUUGAUGCAGGACCCAACGCUGUUAUCUUCACUCUACAGCAGCACGUUCCUGAGUUUGUUCAGGCGGUUCAACAUUUCUUCCCCCCUGAGACCAACGGAGGACAGUUUUUCAAGGGUCUUCCUGUCAACCACGCUGCUCUUUCUGAGGAGUUGAAACAGGCUAUUGGUCUAGAGCCCAUGCCAAAGGGCAUAAGCUACAUUAUUAGUACCAAGGCUGGACCAGGCCCUCGUGUUGUGGAGGAUCACACUCAGCAUCUGCUUGGAUCUGAUGGGUUGCCGAAGAAAACCGUUUGAUGUCCUGCAGCCCUAAAUGGACAAAGAUCCACUCAACAAUAAUGAAGCUAAUUCAUCAGAAAUCAAACUUGCUUUAGUCACAUGUAACAGGUUUUUACAAAUCCCAGCAACACCAGAUACCUUCCUUACCAGUGUGGAUUCUAGUAUGUCUUCUUUUAAUAGUGCAAAGUCUUAGGGCUGCUGUUAAACUGCACCUACUUGGGCAACAAAAAAGUUUAUCUUGGGUGCAUCGGUACAAUGGACAACCAAGAAAGGGUGGCAGUGGAGAUAUCUGCACACCAAUGCGACUGGGCUGGACAGCCACAAAAAGGUCCACAGGCUGAGAUCAAUGUGAAAAAAUGUCAAUUUAUUUAGGGAUAUCUGUCUUGAUACUUUCUGCAUUGAUGUCAGCCUGUGGAAGUUUUUGUGGCUGUAGCAUAGGUUGCUUUGGUGUGCAGGUAUCUCUGCCAGCCUUCCUUUAACCAUCAAACAGUACUGAUGUGCCUCUCAUCUCUUUAUUGCUUUUAGAGGUACUGUUUCAGGUGUAGACAUGAACAUGUGCUCAACUCUAACUUGGUAAAUAAAUGGGCACACUGCUGCUGCUUAAGGGCACUACCAGCGUGCUCUUAAGCAAUGCACAAUGCAACAUUAAGUACUUUUUUUGCCUAUGACGGUUUGAAUUUAUGUUUGUAGCCAUGUGUGUAAAGAGGGUGUUAUGAUUAUGUUUUCAUCUUUUGAAAAUUGAAUUUAAACCUACAGGAUAUCCUUAAAUCAUGUUGGUUUUAUUCUGUAACAUGAAAUAAAAUAUAUUUUAGCCAA